CCCGCCUUCUCCCGCCGGCGGCUGCCCUGCCUGCUGGUGAAGCUGCGGAUGGCCCAGGACCUGCGCCACGCCGUCACCUUCGUGGAGCAGGGGCACGUCCGCGUGGGGCCCGAGGUGGUGACCGACCCCGCGCUCCUCGUCCCCCGCGCCAUGGAGGACUUCGUCACCUGGGUGGACGCCUCCCGCCUCCGGCAGAAGGUUCUCGACUACAACCAGGAGCGCGACGACUUCGACCUGGCCGCCUAAGGGACCGCGCCGCCCGCCCGCUCUUCUGCUCUGCCCCGCUGGGCACGCGUGGCAAUGGACACGCACCCGUCAAAACACAGCGCUGCCACCACCAGACAUUUACCCCAGCACCAUCGCCAAACACCCCCCGCCAAAAGGGGGGCGAGGGGGAAACGCGCCCGCUCCUAGUAACGCGCGACUCUGCCCCCAGCUCCCCUUCGCAGCCAGCGGCUCCGUUCAUCCCCGUGGAGAAACCUCCCUUCCGCCUCCAUCGCUCCGAGGAGCCGUCCCGUAGCCCAGCUCCAUCGGACUUACAUCCCGUAAAGCGAAAGCGCUUCGAAAGGUCGCUGCCGGAUCGCAGGAGAGGGAUGCGGUCGGGUUUAAGUGCUUGGCUGCUAAUAAUAGCUGCUGGAAAGGGUUUUAAGCCUGGCCGAGCGGCUGUUUAGGACUUGAGUUUGGCAGCUUCGCCGCUGCUUUUCUA